AUGAAAUUAAUCAAAAUGUACGCCUGGGAGCAGCCCUUCGCCCGGGCUAUUGGUCGCGCCCGAAGCCAAGAGAUGAAUGAGAUUAAAAACCUGUUACAUAUAAAAGCAAUGAUUUACAUACUAUUAGGCUGUCAGGUGUCGGCUGAGCCCAUAUUUAUAACCAUAAUGAUAUUCAAUAAUCUGAGCUAUACAUAUCUUGGUAUUAUUCCCAUCACUUUUGGAUAUCUAGCAGAGGUGUGGGUGUCGUGUAAAAGGUUUCAGGAAUUGACAGAACCGACAAUAAAACAAAUCUCAAUGAAUGCAAAAUCCGGAGAUCUAGUUGUGGUUAUCGGACCCGUAGGCGCCGGAAAGACCACAUUUUUGAUGUCACUGUUGAAUGAGUUGUCCAUAACUGGAGGUUCGGUCGCAACGAACGGAUCCAUAGGUUAUGUAUCGCAGGAGUCGUGGGUUUUCAACGCAAGAUUUAGAUUCCCUUCCCUUCAGAGACAACACUAUUGUCGGCGAAAGAGGAGUCCUUUUGAGAUGUUCGGAAAACAAUACAAUGAAAAGCGGUUUCGAGAAGUGAUAGCCGUUUGUGCGUUGGAUAAGGAUUUAGAUUCCCUUCCCUUCAGAGACAACACUAUUGUCGGCGAAAGAGGAGUCCUUUUGAGUGGCGGACAGAAGGCCAGAGUGGCGUUAGCCCGAGCCCUUUAUAGCGAUGAAGACAUCUAUCUAUUGGACGAUCCGUUGAGUGCUGUCGACACUGAAGUCGCGAAUCAUAUCUUUGAAAAAUGUGUUUGUGAUUAUCUUCGGAGCAAAACAGUGGUAUUAAUCACACAUCAAAUCCAAUUCAUACAAAAAGCCACAAAAAUUCUUGUGUUAAACAAAGACGGCGUAAGUCUUGGCUUUGGAUCGUAUGAAGAGUUACUCGAAGUGGACAUCGAUUUCAUGUCUUUGACUAAACCAGAAGUAAAGGAGCAGUUUAUACCAGAAGACUAUUCGGCCAAAGGGUCGGUAAAUAUGCGGGUGUAUUGGUAUUACAUGAGGGCGGGUGCGGGACCUUUACUCUUGUUGGCCAUCAUAUUAUCGGCUAUAGUUUCGCAGACAAUCACUAGUUAUAGCGAUAUAUAUGUUUCUCAAUGGACUAAAAACGAGACCAACAUUAAUGCCACCGAAGGUUAUAUUGCGAGUCAAAUGAACGGAAUUAUAAUUUAUUCAUCGAUAAUAAUCUUGAUAUUUGUGACACUUGUGGUCCGGUGUCUGACAUUCUUCCGGUUCGCAGUCAACGCGUCAACCAAUUUACACAAUACUAUAUUCAGUCGCCUAAUGACAGCACCCAUUGCUUUCUUUGACAUCAAUCCUAUCGGUAUUUUUGUCAAUACAUUUCAAUAA